UCGUCCAAUCUACAAUGCGAUGAGGGAAGUGGAACCAGGGGCGCGACAAAAUGGCAACGGCAGGAUGUAUUGCCUGGGCUAGUGUGACGAGUGACCUCCACCCGCUGAGUGCGGCGGGGUACCUCAUUCUCUCCGUCGAGGCCCUGGUAGUCACCUUCUGGUGGCCGCGUCUAUACCCCCCGGCGGGCCGGAAACGGAGUGAAAGCAGCGCACGACACCGUCGGCAGCGCCGUCGUAGUCGGCACCUUGGCAGCAGCGGCAGCACCGUUUUUUUCGGCGGCGCUACUCCGUCCCCCACUAUCAACGGGCAGAGGUUCAAUACUAACGGCGGCAAGGCGUCGUCGCGCUGGAGCGGAGACAGUAGCGGAUGGUGGGAGAGCGACGGUGGGCUAGAGGGCUUGAGCGAGGCAGGCAGGAGCAGUGCGCCUUCUUCACUUGUGUCCAUCGGCGGCAGACGAAGAAGAGCAGCACGCUUACAGUCAGGUCAAUCUGGCGGCGGUGGCUUUUUUGGCGAGGAGCCCUUGGAAACGUUUCCUGAGAAGCGGUCUGCCGUUGACGGGGAUGUGCGAGUCCCACUCCCGUCGAAAUCACGGAUGCGAUACGCCCGACCGGUCCUCCUAGUGCUGCUCACGCUCUCGGCAAGCUACCUCACCACGUGGCUGCUCCUUUCGAUCAGUUUGGCAAGGAUUUCCACAGCCGUCGAUGAAGGCGCUAUGUCAAAUACUCGCGAUAUCGAGGCAAUGAAGAAGGCGGCUGAGGUGGAGAGACGUGUGCGGGAGGAGAGGGAAGAAGCCGCUAAUAGAAUGGAGCUGGAAGAGAAAGCGCUGCAGGAAGCGGUGGCGGCAGAGGAGGCACGGCAGGAGCAGCGCGAAGCGGAGAUAUGGAAAGACCAGGAACGAAAGGCUCUCGCGGAUGCCGAGGAAAAGAGGCUCGCAGAGGCGCGUGCUUUGGAGAAGCAGCAGCGGGAACGGAGAGCGCGCGAAGAACAGAAGGCCAGAGAUGAGAAGAAGGCGAAGGAUGAACAAGCAGCGAGACUGCGCGAGCAGAAGGCGAGAUAUGAGCGAAAAUCACGGGACGCGGCAGCGGCGAAGGCGAAACUGGAGGCGGAGCAAAGGAAAAAGCGCGCUAAGAUGGCUGCUACCCUGGAACAGAGGCGGUCUAUCGGGUUGGAAGAUGCGCUUACCAACGGCUCAACGGAACUGAGAGUGAUGCCGAAUGGGGACUUGGUCCUAGCUGACAACGGACGUCCGGUUUGGACGGCCCGAGGAUCAAAGAAGCGCCGUAGCCUGGUCGGGUGGAUCUGGAGGAAGAUCCGACGACAGCAGGCGGUGCGGCCUUGCACGGCGUGCCGGUUGACGGUCGCUCCCGAAGGAAGAGUGGAGCUGCGCGAGGAGGGGAAGCUCCUUUGGUCCGGCGGCCAACGACAAAAGAAGGCCCGACAACAGAAAAGGCAAACAACGCAGCAGCGGAAGAGAGUACCGAGGGCCAAUGAUCGUGAAGGCGCCGACGGUAGCGGUGCGUUUAGGCUGGUCAUCACCGAUGACGGAAAUGCCAUCUUGGAGAGGGAGGGUUCCGAGGUGGUGUGGAAGGCCUUGAAUCGGUAAUUGACACUGUGCAUGAGGCUGAUAUUUUGUUUUCACUCCGAAACGAUAAGUCUGUUGUGGGAUCUUCGGAGGGGAAUGGUCGCCGUGCUACCGGUAUCGGGCCCGGGUCCCCAUACGAAGAUCGGUCUACGACAAGCAACGCGUUCGCAACGGUGACGCAUAGUGCAGAUGGUGAUGGUAGGUUAGGGCUGGUCAGGCGUGAUGAAGUGAUAUUGGAGCGAAGAUCGGUCAUUCUAGGGAACAUGGUGUUUCGAACUUGUACUGAUUUCGGCAGUCGAUUUUUACUGUGCAGGAAAAACAUGAUAACCGGUUGCUCGCUCAAGCUGAGCUGUGGACUUUUAGUUCUUCGCUGUUUUUUGCGUUGUGAUCAGCGUGUGUACUGAUUGUAGUAACCGUGGACAAAAUAAUUACGUGCUAUCCGCCCUGAAGACGGUUAGGGCGUUCGGGGAGCUUCUGCAGUGGCUACAUGUUGUUUUGCAAACUCCUGGAAUGCGUGUCCUUGGCACCGCGCUAGCCCUCUUCUUGUCAAACUGGGUGGGUU